UCCCCCUUUCUUUCCUCACCAUAUACCAUCUCAUCAUCACACAAAUGGGUUUUAGCGAUGCUUCCAGCAGCCCGGGCCUUCGCCUUGUUCUGGGGUUAGGUAUGACUGGUUCUCCAUCCCGGGCUGACCGUAGUAGCAGGCCGACCAAGAGCUCCAGCGAUUUCACGCCAACAAGUAGUUGCGAGCCAUCUUUAACCCUGGCUCUUUCCGCCGAGACUUACCAGCGAACCCCGAAAAAGGUUGACGUGAACAAAAGUUGUGAGGAUCCUCUUGACUUUUCUCGCCAAACAUCACCUCACAGUGCCGUCUCAUCCUUCUCCGGCCGGAGAUCGAAGAGGGAGAGAGAUCUCAGCAGUGAAGACGUCGAGGCAGCGGAGAGGGUUUCCUCCAGAGGGAGCGACGAAGACGAAGACGGAACCAAUGCCAGAAAGAAGCUCAGGCUCACCAAAGAACAAUCUGCCUUGCUAGAGGAAAGCUUCAAACAAAAUAGCACUCUAAAUCCUAAGCAGAAGCAGGCAUUAUCCAGGCAGCUAAAUCUGAGGCCGAGACAAGUUGAGGUGUGGUUCCAAAAUCGGAGAGCCAGGACAAAGCUGAAGCAAACGGAGGUGGACUGCGAGUUCUUAAAGAAAUGCUGUGAGACGCUGACGGAUGCAAACAGGAAGCUGCAGAAGGAGGUGCAGGAGCUGAAGGCGCUGAAGCUGGCCCAACCUCUGUAUAUGGCGAUGCCGGCAGCCACGCUCACGAUGUGCCCGUCCUGCGAGAGGAUGGGGAGGGUCGCCGGCGACGGCGCUUCUAAUGACAAGACCGCCUUCUCAAUGGCACCCAAACCUCAUUUCUACACGCCCUUCCCCAAUCCUUCGGCGGCAUGCUGAUUCCUGGGUUUUGAGGAACAAGCACAGCAACACAGCAGAGUAUUCCCCGCGGCCACUGUAUUUUCUGGUCGAGGGAUAUCCGCGUAGGAAACGGUGUAAUUAUUAGAUAAUACUGCGUAGAGAAAUAGUAACACUAGUUCUGAUCCCUUUACUUUGUUUUUUUUUUUUUUUUGCUCCUGUUGUAUGUUGAUAAAUCUUUAUACAAUACAUCUUUCGAUCAAUCAAUGACUUUGUUUUUUUUC